AUGGCAGACUUCCCACCUAUCACCGACCGCUCUUACGGCAUUUAUACCAUCCGCUACCUGCCUAGCCUUGCGCUCUCCACACCACCUGUUCCAAGCACAGAAAAUACUGAGGUCCUACUCAUCCUUCAAAAAACUAUUUGGGAGAGUGUUCCCCCAUUUUGGUGUUUCCCAAAGGGUCAUGCCGAAAUUGGCGAUGCGUCGACAUUGCAUACUGCCAUUCGAGAGCUCGAGGAAGAGACAUCUUUGAAGGUUAAGCCUGAAGAUGUCUUGAGAUUCAAACCAACUGAACACACAGGGGAGACUGAGGGACAAGAUUCCAAGGACUGGGAUGGAAGUUUUUCGGAGAGAUAUAUAAACCCAGUCAGAAAGAAUGGAAAGGAGGUUAGGUAUUGGCUUGCAUUGGUCGGAAAAGUAGAGGGAGAGAAGGAAAUCAAGUUACAGGAAAAAGAGGUUGCGGGAUACAAGUGGUGUUCGUGGGAUGAGGCGACGGAAAAGGUGACUUACGACGAAACAAAAGCAACCUUGAGGAGAGCGGUGGCCAUGCUUGAGGGCCACGAGAAGGUUGGUGAGGAGUUCAAGGCUAAAGUUUGA